GCGCCGGGGCUGGCGGCGGCAGCAGCAGCAGCAGCAGCAGCAGCAGCAUGCGUGCGGCCACCGAGGCUCAGGGCGCCACAACCACCUAAGGAACCCCCUCCUCCUCCUCCUCAUCAUCAUCUACCCCCGGCUGAAACUUCCCUCUCCCGCACGGUCCGGGCUUCUCCGGGGUUGGGGGGAGCUCGGCAGCCACAGCCGCAUGCAUGACACUCCGCAAAGGAGAGAAAAUGACCAUAAGUAUCCAGGAGCACAUGGCCAUUGACGUCUGCCCCGGCCCCAUCAAACCCAUCAAGCAGAUCUCCGAUUACUUCCCCCGCUUCCCCCGCGGGCUCCCCGCCGCCGUCGGCCGCAGCGGCAGCGCCCCUCGCCCCGCGCCCAGCCAAACCUCGGGCAGCCCCGCCGAGCAUCCCCGCGACGAUGAGGAGGACGUGGACCAGCUCUUCGGAGCCCACGGAGCGACGCCCGCCGAGCAGCCGGCCAAGAGCCAAGCGCCCGAGGAGCUGGUGGACCCCGAGGGCUACGAGUCGGACGAUUGCACCGCGCUGGGGACGCUGGAUUUCAGUUUGCUCUACGAUCAGGAGAACAACGCUCUGCACUGCACCAUCAACAAAGCCAAGGGCCUGAAGCCAAUGGACCACAAUGGUUUGGCUGAUCCUUACGUCAAGUUGCACUUGCUCCCCGGGGCCAGCAAGGCAAACAAGCUGAGAACCAAAACGCUGAGGAACACCCUGAACCCCACGUGGAACGAGACCCUCACCUACUACGGCAUCACCGACGAGGACAUGAUCCGCAAGACGCUGAGGAUCUCGGUGUGUGACGAGGACAAGUUCCGGCACAACGAGUUCAUCGGCGAGACGCGCAUCCCGCUGAAGAAACUGAAACCCAACCAGACCAAAAACUUCAACAUCUGCCUGGAGAAGCAGCUGCCGAUAGAUAAAACAGAGGACAAGUCGCUGGAGGAGCGUGGCAGGAUCCUCAUCUCCCUCAAGUACAGCUCACAGAAGCAGGGGCUGCAGGUGGGCAUCAUGCGCUGCGCCCACCUGGCUGCCAUGGAUGCCAACGGCUACUCCGACCCCUACGUCAAAAUUUACUUGAAACCAGAUGAGGACAAGAAAUCCAAGCACAAGACAGCAGUGAAGAAGAAAACGCUGAACCCCGAGUUCAAUGAGGAGUUUUUCUAUGAGAUAAAGCACGGUGACCUGGCAAAGAAGACCCUGGAAGUCACUGUGUGGGACUACGACAUCGGGAAAUCCAACGAUUUCAUAGGCGGAGUCGUGCUAGGAAUCAAUGCCAAAGGGGAGCGGCUCAAGCACUGGUUCGACUGCCUGAAGAACAAGGACAAGAAAAUCGAGCGCUGGCACACGCUGACCAACGAGCUGCCGGGCGCCGUGCUCAGCGACUGAGCCCUGCGGGGCCGCGGCUCCACAGCCCUGGGGCUCCUCCCAGCUUUGGAUACGGGGGUAUCCCGGGACAGCCAGGACAGCAGGACACCCCCCAGCAGGGCCUGGCUGCAGGGAAGCCCUUCCCAGGGGAGAAGGCACAGGUGGUUUGCUCUGGCUUUUCCAGAACGCCUCUUUGCGCCCUGCCACACUCACAGCCCCGCUGUCGAGCGUGCACCGCACACUCACACUCACACUCACGCAGGUGUGCGCCCCUGCAUGCACUGCAGUCUGGCUCCUCUCCCAAAUCCUGCCUCUACUCACAGUUUACCUUCUCGCUGCCUUGCAAGUCAGUGGCAAAAAAAAAUGAAUGCGUCCGUCCGCGUCCGUGUGUCCGGCAUCGGCAAAAGGCGUCCCCAGAAAAACACACAGAACCCAGAACUGUCUCCUGGAGGCAGCUUGUGCCAUAUCUCUGGUGGUUUGUCAGUCUCUGUGGUUUGGGCCUAAACAGUCUUUUCUGCAUUUCAAGCUCCUCUGUUGGAAUGAUUGUGUCCCUGGUGAACCCGGACAGAGUGUUUGCUCUCCUUCCAGGAAUGUUGUGCUCGUCCUCUCCAGUAAAUCUCACGUGCAGGCAGCAGAGCUGUGCAGACCAAGCUUUUCCUCCUGGGAUCAGGCAGCUUCACCUUUGGGAGGCAAAAUGAAAAAGCUCCCUGGAACAGCCUGGCUGUUCCUGCUUCCCAGGAAGCAGCUUCUCUCCUAAUGAAACCAUGCCAUGCAGCAGCACGGCUGUUUUUCCAGCAAAGCCAGCUUUCAGGCUGAAUUUUUCUAUAAUUUUUUCCCUUUUUCAUCCCAUUCCAAUUCAUGCAUUAAAUAAUGAAGAUGCUGAGCCUCGGAGCUGAGCUGGAAUUGUGUUUGUAGCUCGGCAUGGCCGUGAGGUUGACUCAUUUUCUGCCUCAGCGUCCAAACCAAAUAAUUUUCUGUGUAUGGCACAGUAAUAUUAAUAUGGCACAGUAAUAAUAUAUUAAUAUUAUAAUAAUCCCAGAUAUCAUCCUCUGUGAUCCUUGGAUCACAGAGGAUGAUGUCUUGGCUGGAUCUUCAUCAUCAUCCCACCAGGCAUCCAGUGGGAUAAGCUAAAGCUUUCUAGGAAAUGCUGCACCAUUCCCAAAAUGUUUGGAAGCCUUUAAACAAUGAUUUCUUAGGAAGAGCUGCUUUUUCCCCACAAGUCUCAGUUACCCUCAGCUUCCAAACCCUUUGCAGGUAUUGCCACCUUCUUUUUUUUUCUCUUGGGAAGCAAUGGAAUCUCUGGAAACCUAUGUUUACUUUUCCAAGUGAUGAUCCUGUUACACCUUGUUACACCUUGUUUGAUAUUGGGGUGGGAGAUAAAAGAAAAAAACCCAACAUUCAUAGGGGUUUUUUAAAUAACUCAAUAUUUGUAAUGCAUCCUGCAGAUGUGCAUGGAUUUUAUUUGAAUACUGGCAGCCUGUCAAGUCGGAUGUUCCCACUAAUCCUUUCUGGUCCAGCACCUUAAAACCUGGUUGGGGUCUGAGCUUCCAGGGAAGCUCCAGGAGCACCAGGUUGGCUGUGCCUCCCUUUUCUGGCAAAGUUCCUUUCAGUCCAUCCUUUUUCCCAGCCUAUGAAACUGGUUGAUGCCUGAGGUGGAGUAGGACACGUGUGUGUGGGUUCCUUCACUUUGUACCCCAGUCUUUUCUAAGUGGACACUCCGUCCCUCGUCCCAGCUGCAUGCAGAGUUGGUGGUUGUCAUGCCAGGCCUCGUGAAAAUGUUUGAUACCAAUGUUUUGCUACCAUGUGAAGGCUGCAGAAACCGUCCUUACCUGCAUCCUGAGAGACUUUUGUAUUUCAGUAUUACCUAUCUGUGUACUUUUGGUCAGAUUUGUUAAUAUUUAUAAUGAGAACCGAAAAUAAAAAGGUUAAAAAAAUAAAAAUUAAAAAAAAAAAA